UAAUUUAGGGAAUGUUCAAGUUAGAUGGAGUUUAAAGGCCUAAUGGCCUGUGGGGGGGAAGCUGUUUCACAGACGAGUUGUCCUGGCUUGGAACCUACUGUAUCUUUUUUCCAGAGGGCAGCAGAGUGAACAAAUUGUGGUGUUGGUGAGAAGAGUUUCUGGUUAUACUUAUGUCUCUGCUUAAGCAGCGUUUGUGAUGAAUGUUGGUGAUUGAUGAGAGGAGAUAAUGAUUUUCUCUGCUGAUUUUACCACCCUCUGCAGCACUUUCCAGUCUAGUGUAUAAAAUGUCUUAAAAUACCCACCAUUAUCAUAUUCAAAUAGGUUUUUUGUCCAGUCAGUGGCUCUGGUACUCCUUAGGAGAUUGACCUGGCCUUGAAAUUCAGUCAAAAUGAAAAGUACUUUAUAAAAUGUAAAAACAUUCGUUGCUGGGUCAACCUUAAAUGCAAACAAUAACAGUCGACCUUAAAAAAUAAAUUGAGGGGGCACGGUCAAUGUUUGCGAGUGACGUUUCCGCUGCUGAUUGGCUACAUCUUUGGGUAUCAGCUCGUGGAACUGCGUAGUUGACGUCAGUUCCCCCGUUCGCAUAGGGCAAAAAUAAACAUGGCGACAGACUGGAGUGGAUGGGGGUUCACGCUAACUUUAUUUGUAUUUUCUUAUGUUUUUACUGGCAAUCAUGUGGAAGCGGUGGUUUCGGAGUCGAGAAGCGUGACGCGGAUACUCGGCAUGAGGCUUGAGAAGAGCGACAAGCCGGCUGAGACCACCGAAAGAGGAGUGAUUCAGGUGACCGAGGGCAGCGACAUCCUCUUCAGGUUCUACGGGCUCCACUUGUUCCCAAACAGCUCUGCGCUCAUUAGGUUCAAGGAACUGUACUCUAGUGAUAAAGAGGAUGAUGCUUUCGGUGCAAUCAUGGUGCCCUUCAAUAGGACUUGUCCCGAAUACACGAGGGAUAUAGAAGUGAAGGGAGCCAUGGAGGUAAGCAACCAGAAUACCGCCGGAGUGCUCAGCCUCAGGAUUAAGCAGCUCCGCAAGAGCGAGGCGGUGAAGGUGUUCGGCUUGUGCGUCCGCGACACCCAGGAUGAGGAGGAGGAGAAGUGGUACAUGCUGGACGACAAAGACGGCAGGUUGCGGGUGGUGGAGGAGAAGAAGUCUCUGCUGCCCAUUUGGCUACAAGUGAUCAUCAUCUCCUUGUUGCUGGUGCUGUCCGGCAUGUUCAGCGGGCUCAACCUGGGACUGAUGGCGCUGGACCCGAUGGAGCUCCGCAUCGUGGAGAGCUGUGGCACGGACAAGGAGAAGAAGUACGCGCGGAAGAUCGAGCCCAUCCGCAGGAAGGGGAACUACCUGCUGUGCUCGCUUCUCCUCGGCAACGUUCUCGUCAACACCACCCUCACCAUCCUCCUGGACGACCUCAUCGGGUCCGGGAUUGGCGCUAUAGUAGCUUCCACUAUCGGGAUUGUUAUUUUCGGCGAGAUCGUCCCCCAGGCGCUGUGCUCUCGACACGGUCUGGCAGUCGGUGCAAACACAAUCCUGCUAACCAAGUUUUUCAUGCUCUUAACUUUUCCUCUGUCGUGGCCCAUCAGUAAGCUCCUCGACUGCGUCCUCGGCCAGGAGAUCGGCACUGUGUACAACCGGGAGAAGCUGGUGGAGAUGCUGAAAGUCACCGAGCCAUACAAUGACCUGGUGAAAGAGGAGCUCAACAUGAUCCAAGGCGCGUUGGAGCUCAGGACCAAAACAGUAGAGGAUAUCAUGACUCCGCUCAACGACUGUUUCAUGAUCCAAAGCGACACCGUGUUGGAUUUUAACACCAUGUCCGAGAUCAUGGAGAGCGGAUACACGAGGAUACCUGUGUACGAGGACGAGAGGUCCAACAUCGUGGAUAUCCUGUUCGUCAAGGACUUGGCCUUCGUGGACCCGGACGACUGCACCACCCUGAAGACCAUCACCAAGUUCUACAACCACCCGGUCCACUUUGUCUUCCACGACACCAAGCUGGACGCAAUGCUUGAAGAGUUCAAGAAAGGAAAAUCCCACCUGGCCAUUGUGCAGAAGGUGAACAACGAGGGGGAGGGAGAUCCGUUCUACGAAGUGUUAGGGUUGGUCACCCUCGAAGAUGUGAUCGAGGAGAUCAUUAAAUCGGAGAUCCUGGAUGAAUCUGACCUUUACACUGAUAACCGCACCAGGAAGAGGGUGGCGCACAACAAGAACAAGAGAGACUUCUCAGCCUUCAAACAUGAGAGUGAAUCAAAAGUGAAGAUCUCUCCUCAGCUGCUGCUGGCAGCCCAUCGGUUCCUGGCUACAGAGGUGAGCUUGUUCAGUCCGUCUCAGAUCUCAGAGAAGGUGCUGCUGCGAAUCCUGCGCCAUCCUUACGUCAUCCAGGAAAUCAAGUUCAACGAAAAUGACAAGCGCUCGCCUCAUCACUACAUCUAUCAGAGAGGCAAGCCGGCCGACUUCUUCGUUCUCAUCUUGCAGGGCCGAGUGGAAGUGGAGGCCGGUAACGAGAACAUGAAGUUUGAAACCGGACCUUUCUCCUACUAUGGCGUCAUGGCGCUCAGUACUCCCACAUUGGUGGGUGCACCUCGUCCUCACCGUUUUUCCUUAAAGAGGUUUUCUCUGUUCUCUCGGUUGUCAGGUAAAACGGUUUCCUAUGACUCACUGAGGCCCCCUGGUGGAAGACGCGCAUUUACUGAGUUUCGUUCACCGUCCCACCUCAGCGGGUUGAACCGAACAACGUCUCUGAGUGGAGCAGAUCGGACAGAGUCCGCCAGCGGCAGCAGCAGCCAGCUCAACAACAGCAUCCCGCUGCAGCAGUACAUACCCGACUUCUGCGUCCGAGCUCUCAGCGACCUGCAGUUUGCAAAGAUUACUCGGGCCCAGUACCAGAAUGGGUUCAUGGCGUCUCGUCUGGACAGCACGCCUCAGUCACCAGAGAGUGGCCACAACACAGUUCACCUGGAUCACACUGCUCCCCCCACCACCCCCACCACUAUCACAGAAGUGGGCGCUGACUCCGCCCUGGCGGAGAACGGGCCCAACGAGACAACGUUUCUCCUCCUCAACGAGCAGAACUCGCCACACACAGCAAACCACCACAGCCAGCUGGAAAACAGCAUAUGACACACACCCCCCGCCGAGGAGAGGAAGGGUGUGUGUGUGUUUGUGAGCGGGAAAGCAGACGCAUGCCCCGGCACAGCUGAGGAGGCCCAGAGAGACGAGCCAUGUGCAUGCAUACUGUGUAAAUAUGCAAGAAUGAAACGCGCACGCCAGCAUACCAAAGUGUAUUGUGGGAGCUUGCCUCAUGAACCUCUCCAUAACAAACAGACUCACUACAGACCCAUCACUCAUCUAGUUCUUUGCAAGCACAGAUUAUAUGUACCUACAUGCUUGUGUGUGCACACAUGCUCCUUAUGUAUUAACUGAAGGACCUGUUUGUCUGGACCAGGAAGCUCCUCUUUCGCCUCACAACGUUAUCUUCGAUUAGCGAGUUUCUUCCUAUACGUGUGUGGAUGUUUUUAAAUGUGUGUGUAAUGCUUCCAAUUCACGGUCCCUAAUCAGAGACUCAGGGAGACUCCGCCCUCCUCCCCACCCCCGACAUACAUGCAAUUGUGGUCGAAACCCGCCGCCAUAUGUGUAGCAACCCGCCUCCCCCCUCCACGGCGUCCGUACAGCUAGAAGACAAAGACGACUCGUUCAUGUCAGCGGAGUUCAAACAAAGUGACAUAUGUUCUGUAAAACUAUCAGUGAGAUAUUUAUUGAUCAAUUUUUUGAGACAGACACACGAGACUCCUACUGAGUCUUUUUUUAUUCCUUCCUUUUUCUGCAUAGAUGCAGCCUUUAUCCUAGAGCUGUUAAGAGAUUCAGCACUGAGCGAGCACCAGUCUGUAUCAUAGUAAAGACAAUCUUAUGUUAGUUCAAACAUAUAGGGUACGUUAAAUAUGGCAGCCCUGCUCUCGGACAACCUCCUCUCUGUGAAACCUUCAGUUUUCUUCCUCGUGCCUAGAUGACAGAUCUGAGAAGACGCCAUGGCUGGUUUCAGAGAAAUCCGGCCACGUAGGAAUCAGUUCUCACAGAGGUGAAGAUGUUAGAGAGCACUGAGCGAGUCCUUUCCUGCUUUAUAAGAGAGAGUGUGUUUAUGCUUUUGUGUGUGUAUUUGACCAAAAUGGCGAGCACCAGACUUGAUGGGAACAGAAACCAAAACAGGGAAGCCCUCCGUCACCUCCUAACUAGAAAAUACUUUCAGAAAUUGAAGAAUUUAUUUAUUCAGUUUAAUGUUUAUGUGUGUAUAUAUUUUUGUUGAUCAAUUAGGGCAAGAAAUGUGUUUUUAAUUUGCGUCUGUGUGAUCUUAUGUUAAAUGUUUCUGUGCAGGCUGUGUUUGGGUUCCCUUUUUUCAGGGGGUCACUCCAUCUUAAUGAACAGCAACUUGAACAUUUAUCGUUCGUAUUUCGGAAGCCAAACACAGCUCAGACCUGACAUCGGUCAGAUUUUACCAGUUUUAUGGGAAGAUAAAGUCUGUUUCAUGAUUAGCACCAUGCAUGUUUUUCUAAGAACUGCACACACUCCAGUUUGAUUUUAGUGAACCUUCUGGGGACAUGUGAAAGGAGAACUCUGUCCCCUAACUAUUAUGUUUCUGUUUGAUUCGUAGCACGGCCACAAUAACCACUCACAGUGAUCUACAACAUGAAAACUUGUACAUUUUUAGAUUUUUAAAAUCAAAGAGCAAGUCUUGCUUUGCGGUCUUGUUAUUUUUGUGAAGAUGUUCAGUGUUAACGCAGCAAAACAUCCAGGGUCAAGAUUGAUUUCGUACUAAUACGACACUACUAUUGAUACUACAUACUGUUUACCACAGUGCAGCACAGCCUCACAAAGCGUUUCAUCUUUCAUACAUUGCUCACGUUUUUUUCUCAUCUUUGUUGCUCUGGUGUCAGUAUCUAUAAAUCACAGGUGAAUUAUCGAGCCCCUAUGUGCUCUAUAAAUGUUUUAAAAAUGGAUUCUGGGAAAUUUUGGAUAUCAGGAAUAAGCACUUCUCCUUUUUUCUUUUCAACAGCAAAUAUUCAAACAAGGCUGCGGCCCUCUGGUCCCGACAGAGGUUCAUUUCCAUUGUCAGUGUGACACCAGAAGUGACAAAAUGGUUUCUGUUUUUGAAUGAAUGUUCAAACAUUUAGUUUGAAUUCUGUGGAAUGUCACAAGUGUUGGUGAAAAUUCACUGUCACAUGACAAUAUUUUUUUUUUGUUUUCAAAACCAUACAUUUUAGCUUUUUCCUGUUAAAUUUACACAUAGCAUUUGAAGUAAGCAGUCAAAAAAAGUAGACAUAUUUAAUUGUCCUUUUAAGUCAUUAUUUAUUAUUAUUAUUUGAGAUGAAUUUGUGAUAAGAUAAAGACUAACUAGAUAAAUAGUUUGAUGGGCUGCUGCAUCAUGGGUCUGAGCUGUGCUCCUCUUUUGUCUUUUCAACAGUAAACCAAUAAUUCAAGUUGCUUUUAUUUGAGCUGAAUAUUUUUCUGUUUAACAAAGAGGUUUAUUUUGCAUCCAGCUGUUCAAGUCAUGGUCAGUAAAUUUAACUUAAAUGUUUCAGGCUCUUUCAGAGGGCAGGAGAGUUUAUGAGCUUGUGUCGCAGCGUGGUGUAGCACAGGAGCCUUACACUGACUAAAAAAAACACCCGAGUUUGAGUCUGGUGUCUUUUUCCAGUGACGUGUCUGUAUUCAUACGUUCUUAAGGUUAUUUGAAAUCGGCUUUGCUGGUUAGUAAAGUAUGAGCAUUGCAUCAUUUUGAGAUAAAUGGACAUGUAUUUUGUUAACAUUUGAAAACAACAGCGUCUGAGACUGCAUGCUAACAGCUAACCCCAUCUUUAACAGCUGCUAUGCUACCCUGGCAAUUUUUUUUUGUGUGUGAUCUCACAUGUUUUCCUUGGACCAAACUAAGGUUAAAUCCAGGAUUUCCUGUAGCUAUGAGAGACCUUGGCUAAAUUCUGGAUAUAAACGUUGGUUUUGCCUUGGAGGAAAUAUUGCAGAAUAUGUGUCAGACAUAAAAAAAAAUGCCUUUGAAGUAGACACUGUGUCUGUAGAAAACGCUAGUUAUUCUUUUGAAAAAGAAGAAAUCCUUUACAGAAAAAUCCCAGUAAUAGCGACACGUGACAAAGACGGCUUUAUUUUGAAAGGUAUGUACAGUGUACUCCACCCAUGAUGUUUAGCCCUUCUCCAUGCAGCUUCUGAGAAUUUCUUUGCAUCUGAGAAAUGUGUUUUUUUUUUGUUUGUUUGUUUUCUUUUGUUUUUCUUUUACCAAGAACACACCGUUGUUAAGUUAAAACAGCCUGGACUCUUCUGUGAUUGAAAAUAAAAGCACUUUAGUAAGGAAGGCAGUAUUUUUUUUCCAAAAGCCACAUUUGCCAAAGUUGUUGGCCCAGUAGCUGUUUCACAAUACUGUUACUGACCAAGAUUUUGUAACGACCGCUUCGCUGGCUUCUUAAAGUGACUUUUUUUUUCUUUUUUUUUUAAAUUUCACUGUACAAAAACAAAUGAGCUUUUGCUGUUCAGUCCUGAGUUAUUUUUGGCAAACACACACUCCCAUUUCAAGAAGUUUUUGCUCGGUUUAUUUCAUUUUAUGACUGGGACUGACGUUUUUGUCUGUGGUUGUGCAACCCCCGACUUCUUUAAAGUGUACAAAGGGUUUGAGUGGCAUGCAUCAAGUCUGGUUAUUUGUUUGUACCUCAGAAACACUGUCAUUAAUUGUGGUAAACAAGUCUUUUGUUAUUUUUUAUUUGCCAUUAAUUUAAUUUGGGAACAGAGCGAGUGGAGCAACUGGCGUUCGAGGAAGAAUAAAGUGAAUGUCCCUCCUUCUCUCUGGCAUGCUUUCACUUAAAAACCAGAGAAACAAACUACUGUUUUAUAAUUUGUCUUAAAGAGUUUUGAAGAUGAAGAAAGUUAUUAAUAAA